UACUCUGCAUCUUUAUUGCAGGUAUUAAAACCAUUUCUAUUGCGUCGGAUUAAGUCCGAUGUUGAAAAGACUCUUUUACCGAAGAAAGAAGUCAAGAUUUACGUUGGUCUUUCUAAAAUGCAGAGAGAAUGGUAUACAAAAAUUCUUAUGAAGGACAUAGAUGUUGUCAACGGUGCAGGGAAAGUUGAGAAGGCUCGGAUCAUGAAUAUUUUGAUGCAUUUGAGGAAGUGUUGCAACCAUCCGUACUUGUUUGACGGGGCUGAACCUGGACCUCCUUACACAACCGACCAACAUCUGGUAGAUAAUUCUGGGAAAAUGGUGCUGUUAGACAAGCUUCUUAAAAAGCUGAAAGAGCAAGGCUCACGGGUCUUGAUCUUUUCUCAAAUGUCUAGGAUGUUGGAUCUCCUUGAGGAUUACUGCUGGUGGCGUGGUUAUCCAUAUUGUCGCUUGGAUGGACAGACUGCGCAUGCUGACAGACAGAAAUCAAUUGACGAAUUUAAUAAGCCAGAUUCAGAAAAGUUCAUUUUUAUGCUUACUACUCGUGCUGGAGGUCUUGGUAUAAAUUUAACCGCUGCAGAUGUUGUAAUAAUUUAUGAUAGUGACUGGAACCCUCAGAUGGAUCUACAAGCUAUGGAUCGGGCGCAUCGUAUUGGCCAGACAAAACAAGUCCGUGUGUUUCGUUUUAUAGUGGAAAAUACUGUAGAUGAGCGCAUUAUAGAACGUGCUGACAUGAAGCUUCACUUAGAUUCUAUUGUUAUUCAGCAGGGACGGCUUACGGAUUCACAAAAAACGUUGGGUAAGGAGGAUAUGCUAGACAUGAUUAGGCAUGGUGCAGAUCAAGUGUUUGCGUCUAAAGAUAGCACUAUUACUGACGAAGAUAUAGAUACCAUUUUGCAAAAAGCAGAACAGAAGACUGAGGAGCUGAAAAAGAAGCUGGAGUCAUUGGGAGAGGCUUCAUUGCGGAACUUUACCCUAGACGCACAUGAAGACACUUUGUACAAGUUUGAGGGCGAAGAUUACCGCGAGAAACAAAAACUUACUGGCAUAGGGUACUGGAUCGAGCCGCCAAAGCGUGAGAGGAAAGCAAAUUAUCAAGUUGAUGCAUAUUUUAGAGAGGCUAUGAGAGGUGGACAUGCUGAACCAAAAGCGCCGAAAGCUCCGAAACCUCCCAAACUGCCAAACGUCCAAGAUUUUCAGUUUUACCCAAAGCGACUGUUUGAUUUGUUAGAAAAGGAAGUUUAUUUGCAUCGAAAAACUAUAGGCUACAAGGCCCAAAAACAGCCUGAUUUACCUACGAAGGAAGCGGAAAAAAAGCAAAAAGAGGAACAGAAGAAGAUUGACAGUGCACUCCCGCUGACUGAGGAGGAACAAGCUGAAAAAGCUGAACUUUUGACUCAGGGUUUGAGUAAUUGGACCAGACGUGAAUUCCAACAGUUCGUCAAGGCUAAUGAAAAGUACGGAAGACAUGAUCUUGAAAAUAUCGCAAAAGAAAUUGACACAAAAACGCCCGCAGAGGGUGAAGCUCGUAUCCAACGCAGACAAAGCAUUAAAAAAGCUCUAGACGAGAAGAUUGCUAAGUACAAAGCUCCGUUUCAUCAGCUGCGAAUUCAAUAUGGAACGAAUAAGGGCAAGAAUUACACUGAAGAAGAAGAUAGGUUCAUGGUUUGUCAGCUUCACAAAUUGGGUUUUGAUAAAGAUAAUGUUUAUGAAGAUUUGCGACAAGCUGUUAGAGCGGCUCCACAAUUCCGUUUCGAUUGGUUCAUUAAGUCGAGAACUUCUGUGGAACUUCAGCGACGUUGUAACACAUUAAUAUCACUGAUUGAAAAGGAAAUGGGCGAAGUAGAUGUAGGUGGGAAAAGCAAACGUGCUGGUUCAAAAGUUAGUGGUGCAUCAGGCGGGGCA